CGUUUCUGGGGAGAGGAAGGAGGUGGCCAGCAUUAAAGAGGAGGUGGAAGGCUACAGAUCAGACUCCCUGAGGCUGUUGCAAGAGGCUCUACAGAUGAACCAAACUGAAACCAGCCCUCCCUCCCCAGUCCCACCCACGGAGAAAUGGGUCCUGCUUCUUCUGGUCCGGAAUCCGCUGCUGCUGAAGUGUGGGAGGAGCAGCCAGCCUUGUCAGAGGAACCAAUGACCGGUGGAGAUGAGCUCAGCGGGCUUGAGACGGCCCUCAAGGCGGAGCGUGAACGUGAGGAGGCGGAGUCCGGCCUGGGCAGCCCGUCUCAGGAGACGUGUGGAUCCGAAGGUGUGGCGUUCAUCGGACUAGACGGUUUAUGUAGCUCUCAGCAGGCAAUGUCGUCCUCGUCACAUAGAGCAGACCCUGCUGAACUACAACUCCCAUCAGCCCCUACCAACAAAGAAGAGGAAGAGGAGUCAGGAGGAGAGAGCGGGGACAUGCUGCACUUCUGCGCACACUGCGGCAGCGGCUUUAGUUUCACAUCUGACCUCAUGAAGCACUCUUGCCCUGCAGUUGAGGAUCGGCCCUAUCAGUGCUCUGUGUGUGGGAGAGCGUUCGGCCACGCCUGGAGUCUUAAGAGUCACGAAUGCGUGCAGACGGGCGAGCAGCCGCACCACUGCGAACUCUGCGGCAAACGCUUCACGCACUCGCGGUCCCUCGAGCGCCAUCAGCUGGUUCACACAGGUGAGCGGCCCCACAGGUGUCCGCAGUGCGGGCGCAGCUUCAGUCGUCUCGGGAACCUGGAGAGGCACCAGCGCAUCCACACUGGUGAAAGACCGUAUGAGUGCGGGACGUGUGGGAAACGUUUCAGUCGAGUGGAAUACCUAAAACGGCAUCAGCACACCCACAUUAGCGAUGUAAUGGUGAAGCUCCCACCGCUGCGAAACUCUCACUACUGCUCUCAGUGCAACCAAACAUUCAGUGAUACUGAGCAGUUCAAGCAGCAUCAAUGUCCGUACAACACAUAAUGUUAUUCAGUGUUCAGGAGAAUCUACUAGACCUUAACUAGAAACCCACAGCACCCAAAAGACCUCAUUCUUCAUAAUUCUUUUAACUUUUUAUAUCUUCUAUUCAUCUUACCACAUGCUUCUGCCUUUAAUGACCCCAAAAUCACUGACUUGCACCCAGAACUUCAAAGCAAAGCACAUUUAACCUAGUGCAAUGAUAUUUUAAAGUGAAAUCUCCUAUUUAUCAUUAUUUAGAAACUAUCUACUCAUUAUUCACAGUGAAUAUAUAUCAACAUAUUAAUCACCUCUGUUUCAAUUCCAACAGUCUAUCAACGCAGACAACUCUAUUUUUGUUAUGUCAGGCUCCUCAUAACAGGCUGUGAAAUAUUUUUUUGUGAAAAAAGACAUUUAUAGAAGCUUGUUAUUUCUUAUUAAUAACAAAUAGAAUGCUUAUUCAUGCAUUCUUAGUAAUCUUUUUCCUCUCAUAGGACCCAUGUGUUGUUUUCACUCCUUUUUAACUUCAAACAGAAGUGAAAUAUUUGUUGUGAUGAGAAUUGCUUUUUUGUCAUGUAUUCUAUUUACUCAACAAUUUCAUACUGUAUUGAACAAUAUGUAAUAUUGUUAAUAAAUCCCUUCUAGAUGCAUACUGUUAUAGCUCGUCUUUAUCUCUUGUAUGUUUAUUUGUUUGCUUACAAGAAACUUAAGUUUAAAAUUGCAUUCAUAAUAUCAUAAUUUGGAUUUAAUACUUAAUUCUGAAGAAAACUGUUCGGAGCAAGUAAAAAUCUAUGCUGUAGGCUAUCAUGCAGAGAGAAUGGAAUAUAUGCAAUCAAUAUAAAUAAAUGAAAUAAAAUACA